AUGGUGCAGGUAGGUCUGCAGCCUCCUGAAGGAAGGUGUGAUGGAGAGCAGUCAACCCACGGCCCUCUGGGAGGUCCAGGAAGCCACACCUACUCCUCCUCUUUCUCCUCUCCCUUCCUCUCGGCGGGUCCCAUCCUGGACACUUCCGCAUUCCCGCUGGGUACCGUGGAACCCAACACACAGAAGAACAUCAACAGCAGAUUACAACAACAACAACAAACGACCAUACAGAGACGGGAUCCGACAGGGAAUUCAGACAAGGUCCCGGGUAACCGGGUUUCGACACACGGGCUGGCUUGCAGCAAGGGCACAGCCAGCGGUCCUUACCCACGGUCCUACCCCAGCGGUCCCUACCCAGCGGUCCCGUUACCCAGCGGUCUACCCAGCGGUUCGCUAUCCCCAGCGGUCCCUACCAGCGGUGCUACCCAGCGGUCCUACCGCAGGUCCCUACCAGCGGUCCCUACCCACGGUCGCUACCCAGCGGUCCUACCAGCGGUCCCUACCCACGGUCCCUACCCGCCACGCGGUCGCUACCCAGCAGUUGCUAACCACGCAGCGGUCCCUACCCAGCGUCCCUACCCAGCGGUCCCUACCAGCGGUCGCUACCAGCAGUUGCUACCCAGCGGUCCCUACCCAGUGGUCCUACCCAGCAGUCGCUACACCAGCGGUCCCUACCCAGUGGUCGCUGGGGUGUCCUUACCCAGCGGUCCCUACCCAGCUGUCUAG